UGAUCCCAUUUUGCACCAUAUCCCGUCCAUUUCCCACCAGAUCUCAUCCCAAUUUCUUCCCGUUCGAGCUAGAAUUUGACGCGGGAACGUCCAUGUCAGAUCGGCAUUAAGUAUGGGACACACCACGAUACACAAGCCCAUCAGAAUCAAUGCACCUGCAAACUUAGCUCCAUUUCGAGGGACCCUUGGCCUUUUGAGAAGACCACGACCCUCUUCUUGACCGUCCCCUCGUCAUCUCUCCUUCAUCCGUUCUCCUCAUUUCAUUUCCUCCCGCUGAUUUCCGCACCCCAUUCUUUCUCCCCGCUUUCCCUCCUCAUGGCCUCACUUAAGAACAUCCUCAAUCCUGAACGGAGACGAUCUGUAAAACUCCUGGUCAGCCCGCCAGAAGACAAUCACACAGCAUGGGACUCGACAACUCAAGUCAGUCCACCCGACUCGCCUUCGGACGAUGAUCAGGAGGACUACAACCCUUUGGAACAUAUUCCCCAUCCCGACUGUCCCGAUUCGCUCGCCUGUCUCCCCGAUACAGAUGGCCGACCCCAACAUACCCUGCCCGUCAUUUUGCGCUGCGCGAUUCUGGGGAGUCCUCGCAAACGUCUGACGAUCCGUGAAAUAUAUGCUGCGAUGGAGGAAAAGUAUGCGUAUUACAGGACGGCGGGGGCGACAUGGAAGCAAUCCGUCCGACAUCAUCUAUCUCUUAACCGAUUGUUCGAGCGACAGCCCCGCCCUGCCACGGACCCGGGUUUUGGCUCAUACUGGACCGUGAAUCUUGCCGCACCGCCAGGAACAAAGCGGCCUCGAAAGCGUGGCCGCCCCAACAAGGAGGCUCAACCGCGUGCGAAGAAAAACGAUGUGAUCAUGGUUCAGGCGGAGGACAUGGUCGGUCGAGCGGCUGGCAAAGGAUCUUCGAAGCGUGUAUCCCCCACAGCCCCCGUUUUACGGCAUCCGGAGCAAUCCAUGCAACCACCGAUCGAGGCUGCAGCGCCGCUCGAUGAUGAGGACGAUACGACUGAUAUGCUCAUGUAUGAAGACGAGGCUGUGGACGAGCUGGACAGCCAGACGUCCGAGGAGGAGUGUGAAAGCGAAGAGAAGAUGCUGCUGCAUCCGUUUGAGCGCCGGCACUCGCUCAGCGGCGUGUUGACACCUUAUGAUCAAACAGGCGGAUACCACAUGUCACCAGCGUCGCCGACUUCACACCUCUCGCCCCGGCGGCCACCGUCGCCGCCGCAUCACUCAAUCUCGCCACGCCAGCGGCCUGCUGUGGCGGGCUCGUCCUCAGAGGACAUCAUCGAGAGGCUGCAGAUGGAAAUGGCUAAUCUGCGCCGCCAAUCAGCCGAGGCUAUAACAUUGUCGAUGCGACUAUCAGACCAGCUGGCAAAUGCCGAGGCCGAAAAGUCGAAAGCGCAGUCGACGCUGAAGGUCACAGAGAUCAAAUUGCGUGACGAGGUAACGCGGCGACGGCAAGCGGAGCGCGAAGCGGACAAUGCGAUUCGCCUAAGGCAUGCAGCGGAGGAGGCUUUGAAAUCCGCACAGUUUCACACGGACAUGCAACCGCGUGUUUCCAGAUGAUUCACUUAUCAUGAUCGAGGCUAGCUAUCGUUAUUUGGGUAUUUACAUCCGAGUGACACUUUACACGAACUCAAACCCGGUGUAGCAAUAUCUUAUCGGCUCUGCAAUUCUGUUCAUACGCAAAUCCCUUUCUAUGUAUUUUUGGAAUUAGACUACGUGAUGUCCACCCCCUUGUCUUGGUCCCGUCUUUCCUUUUCAUCACAGUGCAUGUCUAUCGCGGCGAGAUGCAUGACGAAGAGCAACACCAAGCUGCCCGCCUGUAAAUCCCACGGACAUUGCUUAUAUCGGUUGGAAUGUUCACAGCUCCUGAAACGAAUUCAUCCACCUCAUCCCCGGCUUUCGUCGUAUGACUAUGGUCUUGGCUCGUGCCCUCAAGACCAACAGAAUUUCCAUUCCACCUUUCAUACAGAUUCUGAUUGCGAUUUCUUGCAUGCAUUGUUUCGUUGGCGUAUCAGAGUCCUGAGACUGUUUCUGCCAUGUGGAGACUAUUUGACUGCAGAACUGGUGCAUGUACUCGGAAAGUCAUACGCCGAUGACUGGGAAGGCUUGAGUACUUUAUUCGUCCUACGCUGUGGCCUCCAUCACAACAUUUGACUGCAAUACACGAGUAACUUCUUCCCCCCGUUACCUGAGAGACGGUCUAGCCCUCGGCCUGAAUCUCGCCAUCUCCUACUGGUUUUCGAGAAUCAGAACUCUCUGAUAUCAGUAUUAAAUCUUGAUGCAACACUGCGCUCGACGGACUUGCGUGUGAGCCAAAUAUAGUCCAAUUAUCCUCGCACUUAUAUCAAUAUCGGAUCCGAUGUCUCUUUGACUAGAUGCUGCUCCUUUUCUGUAUCCUAUUAACCGAGCCCACUUACGAUAAUCGGUCUAAGCGCUUUAAAGCACAUCAAUGGCGUGGCGGUGCUACUUGGCGUCAUGGAUACACUACUAGAUCGGGACCAACACGAUCGAUUCCUAAUGAUUGGAUCAGUGAUUGAACUUUUUCCUGCUUUCGAUGUCGGUCCCUACGAAUCGCCCGAAGCUGAAGACCGCCUUCAAGAAUGCCCGCUCCAUCGCACCUUUGUACACUUCCGGGCCCGUCGCCGCCUUUGAAGAUGGAACCAAAAUAUUGACCUGUGUGGAAGAAACGGUUCUCUUGACCGACGUCGAGACGGGCGUGGAAAUAUGUCGAUUCGCAGGGGAUACAGAAACUAUUUCGUCAAUAUGCCUGUCACCUUCCGCAAAAUAUCUGACCGUGUUCUCGGGUUCGCUGUCGCUCCGCGUCUUCGAAGUUCCUCCGACUACGGCUCCAAUUUCCAAGGCGGUGCAGCCGAUUCGUGUCAUUGCCCGCGCUCACGAAGCCCCGGUGCAUGUCUGCAAAAUCGACCCUACUUCCACCUACCUCGCGUCUGGCUCAGCGGACGGAGUUGUGAAGGUGUGGGACAUUGCGCGUGGAUUCAUUACACACGUUUUCAAGGGCCACGGUGGAGUGGUUAGCGCGCUCGCUUUCGACUACCAUCAGGAUCCGUCGUCCGUCAAGGCACAGCGCAAGAUGCAGCUCGUCACCGGAUCUGUGGAUACCCGCAUUCGCAUCUUUGAGCUCACGGACAGUGCGUCCAGAGCAAGCGGGACCCAAAAGCCGGUUGCUGUUUUGGAAGGACAUGUUUCUGUCCCCCGCGGCUUAGAUGUUUCGAAGGAUGGCAAGUGGCUGAUUAGCGGGGGUCGGGACUCGGUGGUUUUAAUUUGGGAUCUCUCUUCGUUGGAAGAACCAGGUGGAAAGGGUGGGAAGGGCAAGGGCAAGUCCCAGGGCCCGAAGCUGGUUCGAACCGUGCCUAUUUUGGAACGUGUGGAAUCUCUCGGGCUGCUGAGUCCCGAUGAGGAUUUGACAGGAUCCACUUCUACUGCGGACAAACUCCGCUUCUACACCGGUGGGGAACACGGUGUGGUCAAAAUCUGGAAUGGCCGGGAUGGCAAUGUGUUGUUCACCCUCGGCAAGGAGCUGAAUAGCCAUCAAAUAUCGGACGAUCAGGAGACGCAACGACAGAUUGUGGAUGCGAUAUAUCUUCCAUCCACUUCGACAAUAAUUGCGAUCCAUGCCGACCAAAACAUCAUAUUCCAUUCCCUUUCGACGCAUUCUCUAACGCGCCAGCUGAUCGGGUUCAACGAUGAGAUUGUGGACAUGCGACUUCUCUCCAUUCCUUCUCAGCGUGAUGCUCGGCUGGCCCUUGCCACCAACUCCUCACUUAUCCGGGUGUACUCUGUAUCAGAAUUCGACGCUCGCCUUCUCGAAGGCCACACGGAGAUUGUGCUUUGCCUUGACACCACUGCCAGUGGGGUCGUGUUUGCGAGCGGGAGCAAAGAUCAUUCAGCCAGGCUCUGGGCCCCCACGACAUCACAGGACCCCUGGAACUAUGGAUGCGUCGGUCUUUGCGACGGCCACGCCGAGAGCGUCGGCGCGAUCGCACUAUCCCGUCAAUCUAUCGCCACCCCAGGCUUCAUGUUCACUGGAAGCCAAGACCGGACGAUCAAAAUGUGGGAUGUCUCUGAGGUUCCGAUGGAACACAUCGCGGACACGGAGCCCGUAAAAUGCCGCAGUCUCAUGACACUCAAGGCACACGAAAAAGACAUCAACGCGCUCGAUGUGUCACCAAACGACCGUCUGCUUGUCUCCGGGUCACAAGACAGGACCGCCAAUGUUUACGAGAUCGACUACAGUCCGGGCCGCGGCGGAUUGCGGCUUGUUGGAACAUGCAAAGGCCACAAACGAGGUGUUUGGACUGUCCGCUUUGGAACGGCGGAGCGUGUUCUGGCGACGGGAAGCGGGGACAAAACCGUCAAGCUCUGGAAUCUGGAUGAUUUUACUUGUGUCAAGACAUUCGAGGGACAUACAAACUCUGUCCUGCGCGUUGACUUCUUGAACGCGGGAAUGCAGAUGGUUAGUUCCGGAUCUGACGGGCUGGUCAAACUGUGGAAUGUUCACGACGAAGAGUGUGCUGCCACCAUGGACAAUCAUCAAGAUAAGGUCUGGGCCCUUGUAGUCAGCCAUGAUGAACGCACUGUCAUCUCUGCCGCAGCAGAUUCCGUCGUCACAUUUUGGGAGGACUGUACCGAAGAGCAGGAAGAACAGAAGCAGUCUCAGCGUGCAGAUCUGGUGCUCAAAGAGCAAGACUUCCUGAAUUAUCUGGAGCUGAACGACUAUCGCCGAGCGAUCCAGCUUGCCAUCUCGAUGGGCCAACCCGGUCGCCUGUACAACUUAUUUAAAGACAUCAGAUCGGCGGCGGCCGAAUCCUCGGAACCCUCCUCGUCCAUCACAGGAAGUACGUCUGUCGAUGAAGUGAUACGCACUUUGGGAGGCUCCGACCUUGCAAGACUGUUGCGCUUCGUGCGAGACUGGAACACAGUCGCCAAGACGAGCAUCAUUGCCCAAGGUGUCCUGUUCGCCGUCGUCAAGCUGAGGUCUGCAGAUGAUGUGGCUGCUGCCUUUGGCGACGAGUUGCAUGAGAGCUCGCUCGCCGAAGGUGUCAAGGAGAGUGAUGGGGUCAGCGGUUCUACCGCCGUGAAAGAACUUGUGGAAGCGUUGAUUCCGUAUACCGAGCGACAUCUGGCUCGGGUCGACCGUCUUGUGCAGGAGAGUUACAUGGUCGACUACAUUCUCGGGGAGAUGGACGAUGGCAUGUUUGACGAGGAGUUCGAUGCCAUGGACGUACAGUAG